UGAUGGGAUGUCUGCUGUAACCAUGGUUUCAUCAAAAUUUGGAGCGGUCCCAAAAGGUUCACUGCUUUCUUACCAGUGUCCUGCUGUGCUGCCAACGGAUGUGCUUACCCAUCCAAAUGCACCAGAAUUCCCCCCAUUACCUGUCCCACAAUACACACUUCCACAAUAUCAUUUUGUCCCUGGCAGCUGGGCUGAACUCAUGCAUAUGCAGAGCCUGGAGGUGACACCUGAAAUGUCAGGGAUCAUUGAGGAGGGAACACGGGAUCAAUCCAAAAGCCCACUCUGGUUUAGCAUGCGUCGCCUCCGGCUUACAGCAAGCAAGUUCUACGAAGCAGCUCGUGUGAGGUCAGAAUCCACUGCAAAAACACUUGCUGGCCGGAUCAUUAAAGGUGCCCCCCAGACUAAAGCAAUGCGUAGAGGAGUGGAACCUGAGCCAGAGGUUCUUCGCCGCUAUGCUGAGACCUUCAAUGUCAAUGUACUUCCAUGCGGUCUCAUGAUCCACCCCGAAGCUCCACACCUUGGUGCUAGUCCAGAUGGCAAGGUGGUAGACCCAAAUGAAGACCCUCCCUAUGGCCUGGUAGAAGUUAAGUGCCCUGAUGUGAAAGACAUAGGAGAGGCAUCACACACCGAGUUUGUUGGGGGCCAAGCAAAACUAAGGAAAUCACACACCUACCACUGGCAAGUCCAGGGUGGUGGUGGCCGAUGUUACUGGCUGGUGAGCAGGAGGUGGUGGUGGAUGUUUUUGUUUGAGAACCUCGUGAAAUACCUGAAGUCUUCAUCAGACACACACCAUCUAUCCAGCAAAGCUCGAGAGAUGGUAAGGCUUGACACCAGUUCCUCCAGCUCCUUUAUUUUUUCCAAUGCCUCAUCAAGAGCACCUAAUUAAAAAGAAACAAAAUAAAACUUUUUUUAAAUAUUAUGUUAAACAUGACAAUUCAUUAUUAGAGUACAUUUCUGAUGAACAACAACUCAAUUUGGUAAAUAACUAUUACAGGUUUAUGCAAUUAUAUAAUAGUUAUAACAUCACUGUA